AUGCCUCUGUCUUUGGUGCGAAUUCCUUCCCUAUGUGCUGCUCUUGCUGGUAAUCUCAUCGGUCUAUACUAUUAUGCAGAGGACGAUUCUCCUUAUCCAGAAGUGCGCUCGGCCGUUGCUAACUCGGACGAUCCGACAAUACCCGUAUCAACUUUGCGCUCAUGGAUGCUUGGUAUAAUAUGGGCGAUGAUCAUCCCGGGCCUGAACCAAUUUUUCUUUUUCCGAUACCCUUCUCUCACACUUACUGGGAUAUUCGCACAAUUGACGGUGUUUCCCGUUGGCAGAGCUCUGGCGAGGUUUGUCCCUCGAGUGAAAGUGCUUGGGAUUCCGCUGAAUCCAGGCCCGUUCUCAAUCAAGGAACAUGUCCUGAUCACUAUCAUGGCAACGGUGGGCGCCAGCAGCGCCUACGCCACUGAUAUCGUUGCUGUCCAGAGGAUUUAUUAUAAUCAAGACUUUGGGUUUGGACACCAAUGGAUGAUGAUAAUGUCCACUCAGUUGAUCGGAUUUUCGAUUGGUGGUAUUGCCCGUCGGUUUCUCGUACAGCCUCCAUCCAUGAUCUGGCCGACGAACCUAGUAACAUGCGCGCUAUUUAAUACUUUGCAUGCACACACCUAUGCGGGCAUCGGUUACCGCGCAGGAAUAGGCCGUGAAGCCUUUUUUCUCUACGCCUUUAUUGGUUCUUUCUGCUGGUACUUCGUGCCUGGUUAUCUCUUCACGGCCCUCAGCACCUUCACAUGGGUAACGUGGAUGGCGCCCAACAGCGUUCCGGUCAACGAGAUGUUUGGGUACCAACAUGGCAUGGGUAUGAGUGUCAUCACCUUAGACUGGGCUCAGAUCGCCUACAUAAGCUCGCCCCUGGCCACGCCAUGGUGGGCUGAAGCCAACGUCUUUGCAGGCUUUGUGCUCGCUUACUGGAUCAUCGUCCCGGCGCUGCACUUCACGGAUGUAUGGUAUGGUAAAUAUAUGCCGAUCUCCUCUCGGGGAGCCUACGACAAUACCGGAGCCUCGUACAACGUUACUAGGAUUAUCAACCCUGAUGCGACCUUCAAUGAAGAACAGUACGAAGCUUAUAGUCCCCUAUUCCUCUCUACGACGUUUGCCAUGUCGUACGGACUGUCCUUCGCCAGCAUCACCGCUACAGUCACCCAUUCGUUUCUGUAUUUUCGCGCCCAUAUCAUGCGGCAUUCACGGCUGUCUUUACAAGAGCAGCCGGAUAUACACGCACGUUUGAUGUCCUACUACCCCCAAGUGCCUUCAUGGUGGUACGCAAUAAUAUUUAUUGUUAUGUUCAUAUUUGGUGCCGUAAGCAUCACGCUGUGGGACACAAAAUUCCCUAUCCACUUUUUCCUUCUUGCUUUAGUCAUAUCAUUUCUCUACGUUAUUCCUGUCGGGAUUAUCCAGGCCAUCACUAACCAGCAAAUAUCUCUCAACGUUUUCACGGAGCUGGUCAUUGGAUUCGCACAUCCGGGUCGCCCAGUUUCCAUGAUGUUGUUUAAAACAUAUGGUUAUGUUACCAUGACCCAAGCUCUGCAAUUCACAUCGGAUUUCAAGCUUGGCCACUAUAUGAAGAUCCCUCCACGGGUGAUGUUUCUAGCUCAAGUUCUCGCUGCGGUCGUUGCUGGUACCACACAACUUGGAGUUCAGACUUGGUUAUUUGCGAACAUUGCCGACAUUUGUACGUCUGACCAGAAAGAUGGUUGGACGUGUCCUUCGACGGAAGUGUUCGGGACGGCAAGUGUCAUCUGGGGCGUCAUUGGCCCUUCGCGCCAACUAUCCAGAGGCCAAAUAUACUAUGCCCUGGUCUUUUGCUUCAUUAUUGGUCUCGUCUGUCCGAUUAUUGCCUACUACAUCAGUCGCAAGUUCCGAAGAAACGGGUGGCUCUCUUAUUUGACCUUUCCUAUCAUCUUUUCUGGGACCGGAUACAUGCCUCCAGCCAGUGCCGUAAACUACGUGCCUUGGGCUGCUGUCGGAUUCAUUUUUCAGUUCUACAUCCGCCGGUAUCACUUCUCAUGGUGGACGAAAUACAACUACGUUCUCUCCGCUGCCUUGGACGGAGGUGUGGCCUUUUCCGCUGUAGCGAUAUAUUUCUGUUUGAAUUAUCCAAUGGGGGGAACGAUGGGAGAGCACAGCAUAAAGUCUUGGUGGGGAAAUACUGUUGUGUCUGGUACCGCAGAUUAUAAGGGAAUACCUAUGCGUACUGUUUCCGAAGGGGAAUAUUUCGGGUGA